UCUUGUCAUACACCUAGAGGAGAGCUAGUUCAUUUUUUUUCCUUUUUCUUUUUUGAAAGCUUCAUUGGAACAACUAUUAAUGUCUCCAGUCAUUCCCGGAAGGUCGAGAUCUAAAAAUAUCCAAGCAGCAGAUGCUCUUAAUAUACGAAAGAGCAAAGAGGACGACAAGAAUUAUACGCCGUCUAGCAAACCCCGGAAUCCUACUGUCAGCGAUACCAAUGAGUCGGACGAGGAGGAAUUAGAGGCUGAGAAACCACGCCGCACGCCCAGGAGCGUACCCCGCCCAGACUAUGCGGAGUUGGUGGCGAACAAGGAUCCUUGGAAUCUAUCAGACGGUGACAGCGAUAAGGUCAUUCCCCGUUCUAUGAAAGAGUCCCGGACGCCCGGCAAUAGUGCUAUCAAGUCUACGAGAUCAGGGAGUAGUAUAUCACCCAGCUCGUCAAAAAGAUCAACGCCGGGGCCUUCAAUACUAAGAGCGAAGACAUCGGAACCGAGUAAACCUUUUGGUUACACCUCGGAGCAGUGGCCGAGACGGUCCGCACCCAGUUAGGAAUCGACAGUACCAGCCCAACAGCCCGCGCGUUGCGCUGAUCGAUGGACAUCUAUUGAAAAUAAACUUUAAGAUCCUGGCGUCAGCACAUAGGGGGAUAUAAUUGUAAACCACGCUCUACUUAUUCACGUCCUUAUGACGCUACUAUUUCCGAAAUGAGUUAUACCCACGUCGACAUGAUUUAAAGAUAGGUUAUGUACCUUAUAUAUUUUUAGCAUCUUGGUGAGCUACAACCCUUAAAUAAGUAAGUACCUCGCAAAGUUCAGAGAAUACGAGGGACAGCAGAGGCAAGUAAUUGUGAUGAUGCGGGAUCUUCAAAUCUCAAGCUAACGACGCAGCUAUUCUCAUACUAGCUGAUAAAGCAUGUACGGUUGACCAGGACAUG